UUUCUCUCUCUAGACAACCAACCUCAUUAUCCUUCUUUCUUUUCCUAUAUCUAUAUAAUAUUUCUAUUUAUAUAAAAUGGAUGGAAGUUCUACAGAUGAUCAAAGCACAACCACCGAAACAACAUCAACCGUCGUAGCUCCGGCGACUACUCCGCCGUUAGUUGGUAGCGGAGGCAGCAUGGUUCUUGACAUGGACGGCGGAUUAGAAGCCGAGUCAAGAAAGCUACCAUCUUCACGUUUCAAAGGAGUGGUCCCACAACCAAACGGCCGGUGGGGUGCACAGAUUUACGAGAAACAUCAGCGCGUGUGGCUCGGAACAUUUAACGAAGAAGACGAAGCCGCGAAAGCUUACGACACCGCCGUCCAACGCUUCCGUGGCCGUGACGCCGUUUGUAACUUCAAACCACUUCCGGCCGACACUGAAGAAGCAAGUCUAGAAGCCGCUUUUUUAAACACUCAUUCAAAAGCUGAAAUUGUUGAUAUGUUGAGAAAACAUACGUACAAUGAUGAACUUGAACAAAGUAAAAGAAAUUGUAAUAUGAAAAACAAAAGUCAUUUUAGUAGCGACGGUUUUAGGUCGGGUGGUCAACAUGACCAAAUGGUCAACGCAAGAGAACAACUUUUUGAAAAAAUUGUGACUCCAAGUGAUGUUGGGAAGUUAAACCGGUUAGUGAUACCAAAACAACAUGCGGAAAAACAUUUUCCGUUACAAAGUGGGAGUACUUCAAAAGGUGUUCUUUUGCAUUUCGAAGAUAGUGGGAUGAAAGUAUGGCGAUUUCGUUACUCUUAUUGGAAUAGUAGUCAAAGCUAUGUGUUGACUAAAGGUUGGAGCAGGUUUGUUAAAGAAAAAAAUUUGAAACAUGGUGACAUUGUGAGUUUUCAAAGAUCUACCGGUUCGGAUAAGCAGCUUUAUAUCGAUUGGAGGUCGAAAACCGGUUCUCCGGGUAACGUGAACACUAAAUUACCGGUUCAGCCGGUUCAACCGAGUCAGAUGUUGAGGUUGUUUGGUGUGAAUAUAUUCAGUGGAAAUAGUACUAAUGGCAAUGGGAAGAGGAGUAACAUAGAGGUGGAUGAGUUGUUAGGGUUAGGGAAGUGUAAGAAACAAAGAAUUAUUGAUGCUUUGUAACACUUUUUAAUUUCUUCAGGGGUUUGUUUGGUAAUUAUUUUGGAUUACUUUUUUUUUUAUAAUUUGUAGAUGAGAUGAUUAUGAUGACGGGGAAUGAAGCUGGAAAGUGGUGGGAAUGGAAUAGAGAAGGAUGCAAGUUGCAUUAAAAAGUUAAUUUGUAUAUUUGUUUUUUUUUGUUAGAAUUCCAAAAGAUAAUUGAGCUAAAGAAAGCUCAAUGUAGGGAUCAAGUUGAACAGUUGUAAAAAAAUCCAACAAAAAUAUAAAUUUUGUUUUUCUUAUAA